CUAACGUAUACACUAUAUAACAUAGCAUUUCCCUGCAGCCACUUUAUUUCAUCCGUACAACUCAUCUAAAGAAAUCAUCCGAUGAGUUCUUUAGCGCAGGUCUAAGCCUUUUUUUUACUUUUAUUAUCUUGACUAUUGUCCUCUUAUCCGACUAUUUCGGUGGUAUGGCGAAAGGUUCCUGUUCUCCGGUGAAAGAAGUGCGGCGGACCAUCCAACCAUCCGAUUGGCUGAGAGCAGAUCGAUGAAUCUCAAGCCAUGACCUACUAAAAUAUCGGAAUUUGGAUACAAAAGUAUACCUUCUUCAUCAGUCAACUCCUUGCAAGUAUGUUUCUGCCUCAUAUGUGCGGAGUGCUUUUUUCUUCUACAUACCGUCUCUGUGGGAAGAGAAGUGCGAAGAACUGAAGAAGGAAAGUAGAAGAACGAAGACGGAGCUUCAGAGCUUGCGACGAAGAAGCUGCGACCUGCGACCUGCGACGAAGACGUGAACACCAGGCUACCAACCGCGCCGCUGCUUGCGUCCAGUGACCUGCGUGGCCGUCCUUCCUUCCUCUCCGCCUCUCCAGACUCCGGCUCUGCCUUCAGCUCCACUGCUCCAGGCUUGUUUUCAAAAGCUCGUGCCAAAAUCUUCUGAGUCUCCAAAGCAAAGCCGCAAGCAAAAAGUAGAAGUUGCUGAUGAACCUUCCCCCUGAAAGCAUAAGAAUUGCCCAGCGAGUGUCUCUCCUUGCCCCUCUUCUCCUGCCCUCUCUAGGGGUGAGCAGGAAAAUUGGUAUUUCGAGAUCAGGGCAGCGCCAAAGGGGAUUGGUUGGGGUUUGUUUGGGCGAUAAGAUGAAUUUGGGAGUGGUGAGACCGGCAAUAGAAGGUUAUGCUGAUGCUGCAAUUGAAGCUAUAAAGUUUGGCCAUGUUAUUGCUGUCCCCACUGAUACACUUUAUGGCUUUGCUUGUGACGCUUGUUCUGCCAAGGCAGUUAAUCAUAUAUAUGAGAUUAAAGGGCGCAAGUAUACAAAUCCACUUGCCAUUUGUGUUGGGGAUGUUCAUGACAUUCACAAGUAUGCGUUCACUGAUCAUUUACCCAACGGCUUGCUUCACUCUCUCCUUCCUGGUCCUGUUACUCUUGUGCUAAGCCGAGGUGAGUCAAGUAUCCUUGAGAAAUCUUUAAACCCUGGAGUUGAGAGCAUAGGAGUUAGAGUACCAGAUAAUAACUUUAUUAGGGUAAUUGCCCGCUGUUCUGGAAGUGCACUUGCACUUACAAGCGCAAAUCUUAGUGGUCAAGCUAGCAGCAUCAAGAUCAGAGACUUUGAGAACCUCUGGGGGCACUGCGCGUAUAUCUUUGAUGGUGGUGUUCUUCCAGCUAGGCGUGCAGGUUCCACCGUGGUGGAUCUCACUAAACAAGGAAAGUACAAGAUAUUACGAUCUGGAAGUAUUUCUACUGUUGUUAUGUCAGCGCCCUGGAGGAAACUCUAGCAAUCCUUCAAAAGUUCUCAUUAAUAGCAGCAGCUGCAGACGGAAGUUGAGUGAUGCACAAAAGGGUAAAAUAUACGCCAAGAGAUCAUAUGUGAAGCUCACAAAUAUAGUUGCUGAGUUUUAUGGUUGUAUUUCUUGUACACGAAGGACUUUUUGAGAUCAUUCUUUAUUGGCAAACAUGUAAAAGAAGGUUGUAGAUUUUCGUAGUAGUUGAAGAUCCAUAACGGUGAAGGACUGGUGUCUUGUGGCCACUAGCCAGUAUGCACGAUAUAAACAUUCAUAAAAAAAAAAAAAAGAUGACACCCCAUCCCUGAGGGGCCCCAACACCGACCGGACGGCACGAUGAGAAGAUGUAAAUUGAACUAUAAUCACAAUCUGACAGAUAGAAAGUGAGGUCCCGCCCUCGGUACUUACAGAGGCGAUAUAAACAUACAUAAUUAUAUUGAAAGACGUAGCUAGGGAUGGACCCGGGCCGGGCCUAGGACCGGCCGGGCCUCGGUUCAGGAAAGGGGAGGCCCGGAACUGACCCGGGUAACCCCCGAGUCCGGUUCGGGCCGGGUCACCCGCCCGGGUCACGGGUCGGGCCACCCGCCGGACCGGGCCUUUUAUUAUUAUUAUUUUUUUUAAUUAUAUGUUAUAUUAUUAUACAAAUUCUUAUAAAAAAAACAAAAUUCAAGUGCAUUUAUUUGAAAUAAGAAGUACAUUUGAGAAUUGAGAAAAAAAUAACAAUAUGAAAUACAUUUUCUAAUAAAUAUCAAUACGGAUUUCCGCCACCGUUGGUUGUUGUUUUGCC